GUGGGGCUAGCGGCCAAAUCGCUAGCUCUACAAUGGCGGGACGUUGAUUAUCAAGCCUCGAGUGACAUUUCUCCUCCACGCAACAAUGUGAGCCACACACCCACACCGCCAGCUACACAUCAGCAUGGCGCCCUCACUCGAAGAACCAACACAAGUCGAUUUCGAUGCGCCGCUCAAGGCUGCACCGAAGCUUGUCGCGCCGGAGCCAGAGCACUGCCCUGGUCCCGAGUCUCAGCAAGCAGGCAAAGCGGACAACUGCGCCGGCUGCCCCAACCAGGCAAUAUGCGCCUCCGCGCCGAAAGGCCCCGAUCCCGACAUUCCUCUCAUAACCGCACGCCUCGCCUCCGUCCAACACAAGAUUCUUGUUCUGUCCGGCAAAGGCGGUGUCGGGAAGUCAACAUUCAGUACCAUGCUCUCGCACGGUUUCGCCUCAAAUCCCAACUCGACCGUCGGCCUGAUGGACACGGACAUCUGCGGCCCGUCGAUACCGAAGAUGAUGGGCGUCGAAGACGAGACAAUUCACGUCACAGGCGAGGGGUGGGAGCCUGUAUGGGUGAGCGAGAAUUUGGGAGUCAUGAGCGUGCAGUUCAUGCUGCCGAACCGCGACGACGCUGUGAUCUGGCGCGGGCCGAAGAAGAACGGCCUGAUCAAGAAGUUUCUCAUGGAUGUGAGCUGGGGCGAGCUGGAUUUUUUGAUCGUCGACACGCCGCCAGGCACCAGCGACGAGCAUCUCAGCGUCAACAGCUUCCUCAAGGCGAGUGGGGUUGAUGGCGCGGUGCUAGUCAGCACGCCACAGGAAGUCAGUCUGCUGGACGUCAGGAAGGAGAUUGAUUUUUGCCGAAAGGCAAAGAUCCCCAUUCUCGGUAUUGUCGAGAAUAUGUCUGGCUUUGUGUGCCCGGGGUGCAAGCACGAGUCUCAGAUCUUCCGUGCGAGCACAGGUGGUGCGCGGCGGUUGGCGAAGGACGAGAACAUUCCAUUCCUGGGAGCUGUACCGCUGGAUCCGAGGAUUGGCAUGGCGUGUGAUUUUGGCGAGAGCUUCCUCACCGCGUAUCCGGAUAGUCCUGCGUGCAAGGCUAUUCAGGAGGUGGUCAGGAGAGUAGGUGAGGAAUUGGGGUUGAGUGCAGACGUGGUGUUGCCUGCAGAGGAGGAAUAGGAGUUGUUAUUACAAGGUGCAUAGUAGGCGUCACAUUCUUAGCAUUACUUUCAUGAAUCUACGACUUUUAAGAUCUCAUAACG